CACGUGGUCUAGCUUUCCACACACUUAUGCAGUGCUUGGAAUGACUUCCGGUUACCAGCGUGUAGUUUUUUUAUUCUAGUUUAAAGAUAAAUUCCUAAUCAAAACCAUGGCAGGCAAACCGGAGUUGAGGAUAAACUCCGGGUUUGCUCUGAAAUACGAUAAAUACCGACUGAAAGAGGAGCUGCAGAGACUAAAGGACAAAUAUGGAGACCAAGCGGACGACUCUGACUCUGAGUCCAGCUCUGAUGACAGUGAAGUGGAGCUGGACCCUGAAGUGGAGCGGGAUUUUUACAGAACACUGUCCCUGCUGAAGAAGAAAGACCCCAAAAUCUACCAGGAAGAUGCCAAGUUCUACUCAGAGGGUCCAUCCACCAGUGAUGAGAAGCCUUCCACAUCGAAGAAAGCCGUGAAGCCGAUGUACCUGAAGGACUACGAGCGUAAAGUCAUACUGGAGAAGGAGGGUAAAUACGAGGACGAUGACGACAGCGAUGAUGAGGAGGCUGCCAUGAGAAUGGAGGAGAGAGCGUCGUCUCCCAGCUACAUCCAGGAGCAGCGGCAGCUCAGAGACAGCUUCCGUAAGUUCAUCCAGGACAGCGAUGAAGAGGAGGAGGUCCCCGAGGGAGACGGAGGCUCAGAGCUGCUGACCAGGAGGGUCAAAUCACAGGACGAGGAGGAUAAAGAGGAGGCCGACUUUGUGGAGUGGCUGAAAGGACAGGCUGACAUCGAGGGUCCAGAGGAGGUGAAGGACAUGAAAUACUUGAGGGACUACUGGAACGACCCGGAGUUGGACGACAAGGAGGCUUUCCUGAGAGACUACGUCCUCAACAAGGGCUACAAGGAGGGAGAUGAGGAGGAUGAUGAGCGGAUCCCGACCUACGACGAGCUGGUGCAGGAUGACGUGGAGGACUCUGAGGAGGAAGGCGAGUCUUUCCUGGAGCGUCAGGAGGACUUUGAGAGGAACUACAACUUCCGCUUCGAAGAGCCUGACGCUCAGCGGGUCAAAACGUACCCGCGCACUAUCGCCACGUCUGUGAGGUCCAAAGACGACAGCAGAAAGCGCAAAAGGGAGGAAGUGAAGGAGAGGAAGCAAAAGGAGAAGGAGCAGAAGCAGGAGCAGCUGAAGCAGCUGAAGAACCUGAAGCGCACUGAGAUCAUGGAGAAGCUGAAGAGGCUGCAGGAGCUGACGGGCAACGAGCAGCUGGCCUUCAGUCAGGAUGACCUGGAGGGGGAGUUCGAUCCGGGGCAGCACGACCAGCUAAUGCAGAAGUUCUUUGGGGAUGAGUACUACGGAGGAGCAGAGGACGAGAAGCCUCAGUUUGAUGACGAUGAGGAACCUGAGGAACACUGGAACUGGGACACAUGGACUGGAGAAGAAAGAGAGGAGGGCGGCGGGGAAGAGGAGGAGCAGUACGACGCCUCUGGACCGCACUGCGACGAUGAGAACUUCAUUAUGGAUGCCGACUACGACCCCAGCCAGCAGACGGCCUCCAAGAAGAAGAAGAAAAAGGAGAGGAAGAAGAUGAAGAAAGAGGAUUUGCCUCAAUCGGGCAAAAAGAGGAAAAAGUCUCACUUUGCAGAAGUCAUCACUCAGGACAAGCCGGUGUUCGACCCUCAGGCGAAGAGCUUCGAGCAGUACCUGGAUGAAUACUACAAGCUGGACUACGAGGACAUCAUCGACGACAUCCCCUGCAGGUUCCGCUACAGACAGGUGCUGGCCAACGACUUCGGCCUGAGCACGGAGGAGAUUUUACACGCUGACGACAAGGAGCUGAACCAGUGGUGCUCUCUGAAGAAGACGUGCAUGUUCAGGUCGGACAAGGAGGAGUCGAGUGAUUUAAACAACUAUAAAAUCAAGGCCAAGAAUGUGAAGAGGAAAAAAGAAAUCCUCAGCUCCGUCUAUUCUGAGGAAGCUAAAGAGCUGGAGGAUGCUAAAAACAAGGUCGGGAAGAAGAACAGGGAUCAUCUGAAGAUCCAAAAUGGAGAAACAGAGGAUGCAGAGUCCUCCGCCAUCACAGACUCCACAGAGGAGACAGUUGUCCAGACUCUGAGAGAAGCAGGUGACGACGAAGAGGAGGUUCUGGUCCCCAAGAUGAAGCAGGAAGAGGAGCUUGAGGUCGCCGCUGCAGACAAACCUGUGGUGGUGAGGAACAGGACUGAGAGGCCGAAAUGGUCGAAGGCGAAGCAGAAGGCCCCCGGAGGAGGACGACGCCUCUCAUCGGGAGGACUGGCGGGGGUGAGGAUCGGAGGCCGGGAGUUCAGCCAACAGAGACUGAAGGCAUACGGCCUGAACCCCAAGAGACUGUUCUUCAGACAGCUGGGCAGGCAGAGACGCAAGGCUCAGGAGAAGAUGGACAAGCAGAAAAGCACAGAGUGAGACGCCCGUUCAGAAGGAUCCCGACACCACAAGCUCUAGAUUUCUGUGAUCUAAUAGUUGUCAGAAUUGUUUCCCACCCUCAAUGUAUGAAUCUUUAAAUAAGGACUUCAUAUUUAGGGUUUUUACCACAUGGUUGCCUUAGUUCAGACUUCAUGGAUGAUCUGAUUCCUCUUGCAUUGUGUUUACUGUAAUAAACCUACAGAUUAACUUUGCUGUGACAUUUAGUUUCUGGAGAACCCAUAGAUUUUGAUGCUCUAAGAGUUUAAUACAUUAUGAUUGGUUCAGGUUUGUAGAUUCACUCCCUCAAAUUUACCUUGGUUUGAAAUUAUAUAAGACUGGAUAGUGGCUACACACGGAGUUCUGUUGAUCUGUUUAUACUUAGAUAAUUGUUAUCAUAAUCUAUUCCUCUUGUGCUAACUGUAAUAAACAUCCAGAUCAAA